UGUCCUAUUUUCAAGGAUGUCCGGGCUAAGGGUGUUAGUGGGCGUCAAAAGAGUUAUCGACUAUGCUGUAAAGAUCAGAGUUCGUCCAGAUAGUCUCGGUGUAGUGACAGAUGGGGUUAAACACUCCAUGAACCCCUUUGAUGAGAACGCAAUAGAAGAAGCUGUGCGGAUGAAGCAGAAGAAGAUAGUUAAGGAGAUAAUCGUAGCAAGCUGCGGGCCUCCACAGGCUCAAGAAACUAUCAGAACAGCUCUGGCAAUGGGAGCAGAUCGUGGUAUCCAUGUUGAGGUCCCAGCCGGUACGGAUGCUAACCUACAACCUCUGGGAGUCGCCAAGAUAUUUGCUGCAUUGGUUGAGCAGGAAAAACCAGAUCUUGUUAUCCUGGGAAAACAGGCUAUAGACGACGAUGCGAACCAGACAACGCAAUUACUAGCAGGAAUUCUGGACUGGCCCCAGGGUACCAUGGCUAGUGUGGUUAGUGCGGGGGAUGGAGCCCUUACUAUCACUAGGGAAAUUGACGGAGGACUUGAGGAUAUUUCAGUGUCACUGCCCGCUGUAAUUUCUGCAGAUCUGCGGUUGAAUGAGCCCAGGUAUGCUACUCUUCCUAAUAUCAUGAAGGCUAAAAAGAAGAAGAUUGCAAAGAUGGACCCAGCGAGCUUAGGUGUCGACAUUACCCCACGAUUGAAGAUUUUGAACGUAGUUGAUCCUCCUGUAAGACAAGCAGGUGACAAAGUUCCCGACGUUUCUACAUUAAUGGAGAAACUGAAAGAGAAAGGGCAUUUAUAACUCCUUAUAUCACUUUCACUUUCACCUUCGAGAUUCUUUUUGGAAAUGUUUUAUACAAAUGCGAAGUGUAGCCGGUGACAUUUUUCAGACUGAUAUCUGAAAUUCAUGAAAUUAGGUCAAAUUUAACCAAUUUCAGGUUACAAAAACUGUUUUCUUGGGUUUUCUGUGACUAAAUAGAUUAACUCAUAUUCAGAGUAGAUUUUGAGUUAUAAAUUGAAUUUCCCGUUUUUAAUUCUGUAGUUACCCCGCGUGCCCCACCCUCACAAAUACUGGACUAUAAAUAUAAUCACGCAAAGGUUUAACUUAUUAGUAGCUUAGUGGUAUAUUACUGUUGAAAAUAAAGAUGCUGUGUAAAAUGAUUAUGUUUAUAAUGUUUGGAUUUAUAUCAAUUGAAUUAUA